AUGCGAUCCCCUCUAUCCGUAAAACGACCCCAUACGAAUCAACACGCCACGAACACUCGUAGGAAUCGGGGAAAACUGGUGAAGAAUGCACGCAUGAGGCGCAAGCAAUGGGCUCACGCGCUCAUUUACAGUCCAGAUGUGGCAGCAAAAAGACAAACAUUUCACGUCACUGCCCAAGCACCCGUGCAGAAAGAGGUGAGCGAGGAAGAGCGUGCUCGCAGGGCUGAGAAGAAGCGGGAGAAGAAGCUGCUUUCGAAGCAAAGUGAUGAGGAGAUUCGUAGGCUGGAGCUACUUAGGAAGGAGAAAGAGAGAGAGGAACGUAGGCUGAAGAGAGAGGAAGAGAAGAGACGUCAGGAAGAACUUGAAUACCAGAAAUGGCAAGAAACGCAGAGGAAGAAAGAGGAGAAAAUGCAAAGGGAAGCUGCUGAACGAGAGGCCGCUGAGAAGAAAGCUGCUGAGGAGGCCAAAAAAGCUCAUGAAGCACUACUUGCUGCGGAAAAAGAAAAGGCUAAGAAAGCGAAGAAAGUUGCGGAGAGCGAAAAAGCCACAAAAACUGCAGUUUCUGUUGAAAAAACAUCACCCAUUGAACAGCCAACUGCACCAGCUGCCAAGAAAGUUGAGGAGGAGCCUGAAAAGAAAAAGAAGAAGAAGGACAAGGAGCCAAGCGUCGAGAAGGAAUCGCCACUCAAAGUUAGUAAUGCAGUGGAAAUAACUCCGCCUCCGGUUGAAGAAGAAAAGCAGUCGAAAAAGAAAGGAGGUAAGGCGAAGAAAACCAGCGAAAGUGACUCCGGUUUUCACAAUGGCGAACAUGAAGCAAUACUUUCCAAUGAUGCCGAUGAUGAAAAAGCUCAUGGCAAACACAUUGAGGCGCAUGGCAAGAAGAAUAAGAAGAGUAAGAAAGGCGAGAAUGAGGCUGUCGAAGUGGCCAACGGCCAUGUUACUCAUGCCGUUUUCGAUGAACCAGAUCAUGUAAUCGAUUCGGCCCCAAUUGGUGAUAUCCCAGAUGCAGGUUUUGUGGUAGGGCAAGUGGAUGGUGAAAAGAAAAAAGGUCACAAAGGAAAUAAGCACGAAAAUGAUGAGACCACUGUAGAAACAGGCCACAAAGACACCAAUGGCCAUCACGAUCAAAAACAGGAGCAGCGCGAGACGGAGCAGGAUGAGCCUUCGCUAAAGAAGAACAAGCAGAAAGAAAAGAAAGGCAAGCAAGCACCCUCAACCGCCACCGAGGUGCCCACAGUAACUAUCAUGACGGAACUGACCAAACAUGAGAACGAAAGUGCUCCGUCCGUGACAAAAUCACCCCCAAUUCAGGUGCACGAAGUAACCAGCUCUGAUAAUGUCAAUGGAGUGAAAGAAACCUCUACCACUUCACCAACAACCUCUCCCACGCAAUUUGCCCAGAAUGUCGAGAAACUGGUCUCGCAUACUAUGCAUAAGACAGUAGUGCACGAAACAACACAUAGGAUUAGGCCCGAAAUUGUUGAAAUUGAUCCAAAUGUGAAGGUGACGAUCGAUCAUCAACUCGCUCAACUCGCUGAGAAGAAGGUGGAACCAUCCGAGCAUAAGAUGCACAUCACCCCACUUCCCAUUGAGCUACACUUCUCGAGACCUACGACGCCUUCAAAUCGUGAACGAGUGUACAAACUGCUUCCAAAGGAUAUCAUUUUCUGCUCUGGAUUGUUGGACUCACACGGGGAAAACUAUAACGCAAUGGCUGCCGAUCCUAGAAAUAUUUACAAGGAAAACGCAAGGGGUAUUCAAAGGAAAAUGAGAAUUUUCAAGGAAUCUCCACACUAUCAGACAUACCUACGCGCCAAGGAGGAGGGCAGAUCAAUCGAAGAAGUGUUAGUCGAAGAGGGCCAGAUGUGA